AUGACAAGUCUGAAUGGGCGCCAUGCCGAAAAAGCCAUUGACAUGCCAAAACCAUCAGCCCCCAGAGUGCAUGUGCAGAGGUCCGUGUCCCGAGACACUAUCGCCAUCCACUUCUCGGCAUCCGGGGAGGAAGAGGAGGAAGAGGAAGAGGAGUUCAGGGAAUAUCUUGAGGAGGGGCUGGAUGACCAAAGCAUUGUAACGGGGCUUGAAGCCAAGGAAGACCUCUAUUUUGAACCUCGGGGUGGCCAUGACCCCACUGGCCCUGCCUCCCAGCCUAUCCUGGCAGAUGGACUGUCCGAGUCGCCUGCUGUUUUGCCUGUCUCUGAGAACACUGUAAAGCAGUUGGAAGCCCCACUGCCCACAGUGCAAGUAUUAAGUACAGUGCCAUUGGCUCUGUCCCCAGGGUCAUCUUCAUCCGGGCCCUUAGCUAGCUCUCCCAGUGUGUCAUCCCUUUCUGAGCAGAAAACCAGUUCUUCUUCCCCAUUGUCCUCUCCUUCCAAGUCUCCUAUCCUCUCAUCCAGUGCCUCAACCUCCACCCUUUCCAGUGCAAAACCCUUUAUGAGCCUUGUGAAAUCCCUUUCCACUGAGGUGGAGCCAAAAGAACCCCCACCGCCCCCAAGGCACAGGCACUUGAUGAAGACAUUAGUCAAGUCUCUGUCCACAGACACCUCCAAGCAAGAGUCAGAUACUGUGUCCUAUAAACCACCCGAUUCCAAGCUGAAUUUACACCUGUUCAAGCAAUUUACCCAGCCACGAAACACAGGUGGAGAUUCCAAAACCGCACCUUCUUCCCCACUUACUUCUCCCUCCGAUACACGCUCCUUUUUUAAAGUGCCCGAAAUGGAGGCAAAAAUCGAAGACACUAAGCGACGCCUUUCAGAAGUCAUACACGAGCCCUUUCAGCUCCUUAGCAAAAUUAUAGGGGAAGAAAGUGGCAGCCAUAGGCCCAAAGCCUUAUCUUCAAGUGCUUCAGAGCUCUCCAAUCUGUCCAGCUUGAACGGUCACUUGGAAAGCAAUCACAACUACAGCAUCAAGGAAGAGGAGUGUGAUUCUGAGGGGGAUGGUGAGGGAAGCAAUCCCAGUAUCCCCAGAAGUGACCACCCAAAGUCCACUGAUGAGGCCCCAAAAGAGGUGGAACAGAAGAGUUCCCAGGUGAGCAGUUUAAAGGAUUUAGGCCUGAAGACAAGUUCUCUAGUCCUUGAGAAAUGUUCUCUGUCUGCCUUAGUGAGCAAAGAAGACGAAGAGUUUUGUGAACUGUACUCUGAAGAGUUUGAUUUGGAAAUGGACGGGGAGGGUAAAGUUGAUAAGCUCCUAGAUACAUCUCUCAAGCCAGAGGAGCUGGCAGAUGAUGUUCCAACUCUUGACAGUGACGAGGAGGUGGACUUGGCCAUGCAGCACCCAGAGUUACCCAUGAAGACACUGGGCUUCUUCAUACUGUGUGUCUAUGCGUACCUCAUCCUCCCCCUCCCCCAUUAUGUGAGUGGCCUCUUUCUGGGAAUUGGCCUGGGAUUCAUGACUGCAGUUUGCAUGAUUUGGUUUUUUACACCACCAAGUGCUCAUAAAUAUCACAGACUACAUAAAAAUAAACAACACUGGAACACAGGAACUCUGGAUAUCAAAGAACCAGAAAUACUGAAGGGUUGGAUGAAUGAAAUUUACAACUAUGAUCCAGAAACUUACCAUGCAACUUUGACGCAUUCAGUCUUUGUUCGACUUGAGGGUGGGACCUUAAGACUUUCAAAGCCCAAUAAAAAUAUAUCUAGGAGGGCAAGCUACAAUGAAACAAAGCCAGAGGUCACCUAUAUCAGCCAGAAAAUCUAUGACCUUUCAGACAGCAAGAUUUAUCUUGUACCUAAAAGUUUGGCUCGAAAACGAAUCUGGAAUAAAAAAUAUCCCAUUUGCAUAGAGCUUGGUCAACAAGAUGACUUUAUGUCCAAGGCCCAAACUGACAAAGAGACUUCUGAAGAAAAGCCACCAGCUGAGAGAGACUCAGGAGUUGAGGACCCUAAGAAGCCACCCCAUCCUCAGGAAGGAACAAGAUCUGGCCAGAGAGAUCAGAUAUUGUAUCUCUUUGGGAGAACUGGCCGAGAAAAGGAGGAGUGGUUUAGGAGAUUUAUUCUGGCAUCUAAGCUGAAGUCGGAAAUCAAGAAGCCAUCUGGUAUCUCUGGAAGUAAAGCAGGGGUUUUGCCCUCACACAGCAGACACAGCAGUCCCUCGGGACACCUGACCCACAGUCGCAGCAGCAGUAAAGGCAGCGUGGAGGAGAUUAUGUCCCAGCCAAAGCAGAAGGAGCUGAUGGGCAGUGUGCGGCAAAAGAUGCUUCUAGACUAUAGCGUGUACAUGGCUAGAUGUGUCCCCCAAGAGAAUCGAAGCCCCCAGAGGAGUCCCGUGCAGAGUGCGGAGAGCAGCCCCACGGCUGGAAAAAAGUUGCCAGAGGCUCCGCCUUCUGAGGAGGAAGAACAGGAAGCCUGGGUGAAUGCCUUGCUUGGGAGAAUGUUUUGGGACUUCUUAGGAGAGAAGUACUGGUCUGAACUGGUGUCUAAGAAAAUCCAAAUGAAACUCAGCAAAAUAAAGCUCCCCUACUUUAUGAAUGAACUAACUCUGACGGAACUUGACAUGGGGGUGGCUGUGCCAAAAAUACUUCAGGCCUUCAAGCCUUAUGUCGAUCACCAAGGACUCUGGAUCGAUUUGGAAAUGUCCUACAAUGGGUCCUUUCUGAUGACUCUUGAGACCAAAAUGAAUUUGACCAAGCUAGGUAAAGAGCCUCUUGUGGAAGCCCUGAAGGUUGGAGAAAUUGGCAAAGAAGGCUGCAGGCCCCGGGCGUAUUGUCUGGCUGACAGCGAUGAGGAGUCCUCCAGUGCCGGCUCCUCUGAGGAAGACGAUGCACCAGAGCCCAGUGUGGGAGACAAACAGCUUCUCCCAGGGGCUGAAGGGUAUGUUGGAGGUCAUCGAACAAGUAAGAUUAUGAGGUUUGUUGAUAAAAUUACCAAGUCAAAAUAUUUCCAAAAAGCAACGGAGACAGAGUUCAUUAAAAAGAAGAUUGAAGAAGUCUCCAAUACACCCCUGCUGCUAACUGUGGAAGUACAGGAAUGUAGAGGAACCUUGGCAGUCAACAUUCCACCUCCCCCAAGUGACCGAAUAUGGUAUGGUUUCCGGAAGCCACCAUAUGUGGAGCUGAAAGCUCGGCCAAAACUUGGAGAGAGAGAAGUGACAUUAGUUCAUGUGACAGACUGGAUAGAGAAGAAACUGGAGCAAGAGUUUCAGAAAGUUUUUGUCAUGCCAAACAUGGAUGAUGUUUAUAUCCCUAUAAUGCACUCAGCCAUGGACCCUCGCUCCACUUCCUGCCUCCUGAAAGACCCGCUCGUGGAGACUGCUGACCAGCUGUGA